AUGGGAAGAGGGAGGAAGAGCAACAGAAGCAAACAGAUGGAACCGGGUACUGGAUUCAGAACACUAAACGCAUCUCUCACCACCACAACUCUUCUCCAUGGUGUUCAUGAGGUUUUGGAGGUGGUGGUUCUUAAACCAGCGACACCCUGUCCGAUGGUUUUAGAAAAAAACCCUAAUGAAACCCACCAUGUCUCUCUCCGACAUGUUCGUUUAGCCAGAACAAAAGCAGUUCGAAGAUUUAGUUUUGCUACUUGCUGUAAAAGGUGAAGGGUCGUGUUAGAUUUCAAUGAGGUAUGUAGGGACAUUCUCGGAAUUUUGGUUGACAACAUGGAUGCAACCAUUAAAAAAUUGGCUUCUGUAAAUAUCUUCUUGAUUUCUAAGCUUUGUUCCACUACUUGAAUGGUCUUGCUUUUGCAGACCAUGUAUUAUCAACCUUACCAACAAUUAAGAUAUAUCACCUUGGGUAUUGUUUCUAGACUUGCCUACUUGGUUAAUUGAGUUUGCAUUUAGUUUCGUGUAACUUGUAAGUUGUAAACAUAGCUGUAGAGAUACAUUUAUGUUCAUGAGUUGGAAUAAUAAUUUGUAUAAAGCAAGAUUACAUACAUGGAAUACAAAAGUCCUAUUUAAAUUCAACUGCAU